ACGGGGAGACGGGAGCGGGCCGGGCCGCCGCAGCUGGUGGGCCAUUUUACUCCUGUCACCGUGGGGAGGGCGCGGGCAGUCAGUAAAACCAUAUCUUAGCAACGUGUGCCCCGGCAAUAAGUAACGCAGUCGCUGCCUUUUCCUCCUCGCCCACCACCAUGGCUCAGCAGCAGAUGACGAGCUCUCAAAAGGCCUUAAUGUUGGAGCUUAAGAGUUUACAGGAGGAGCCGGUGGAAGGUUUCAGGAUCACUUUGGUGGACGAGUCCGACCUCUACAAUUGGGAAGUAGCGAUCUUCGGGCCCCCCAACACCCUCUACGAAGGAGGCUAUUUCAAGGCUCAUCUGAAAUUCCCAAUAGAUUAUCCAUAUUCUCCACCAACCUUCAGAUUUCUGACAAAAAUGUGGCACCCAAAUAUUUAUGAGAAUGGAGAUGUUUGCAUUUCAAUCCUCCACCCACCCAUAGAUGAUCCCCAGAGUGGUGAACUCCCUUCUGAAAGGUGGAAUCCAACUCAAAACGUGAGGACAAUUCUUUUAAGUGUCAUCUCUUUAUUGAAUGAACCAAACACAUUCUCACCAGCAAAUGUGGAUGCUUCGGUGAUGUUCAGAAAAUGGAGAGACAGCAAAGGGAAAGAUAAAGAAUAUGCUGAAAUUAUCAGGAAACAAGUGCUGUCAACUAAGGCCGAAGCUGAGAAGGAUGGGGUGAAAGUUCCAACCACACUGGCCGAAUAUUGCAUUAAGACCAAAGUGCCUUCUAAUGACAACAGUUCAGACUUGCUUUACGAUGAUUUGUAUGAUGAUGAUAUAGAUGAGGAAGAAGAAGAAGACGACGCUGACUGCUAUGAUGAUGAGGACUCUGGAAAUGAAGAGUCGUGACGUACAUAGGCCAGGGAAAGAGCAAUGCCACCCCAACAUCAGACCAGCACAGAACUUGACACCUGCUGCAUCCUGCUGUGCGGGUUGUGAAAUGCUCCUUUUGGAUAGACCUCUGAACUCAACAGAUUCGUCUGAAACCUCCAUACUAUAAACCCACUAUAUGAUAACUGGAUCUGCUCUGUCUCUUCAAACAAAAAUUGUCCACAUCUGACUCUUAAGCCCUUCGUGUCAUGGAAGCUUAUGUAAGCCCAGUAAUAUGAUUAUGUUUUGGGACGUGGGUGAAUAGGGUGAUAUGGAGAUGUAGCACUCAAUAGUAAAAUGGACUGCCAAGGUUAAGCUGCUCCUGUCAGAAUAGUGUGCAACUCUUGAUAUUUUUUUCUUAAUUAUGUGAUGAAUUCUUUUUCUGGGGUUGGUGAGGGGAGAUGGGGUGGGGGGGAAGUGUGUAAUCUACUGCUUUUGAUUCUUAAAUAUGUUAGUCCUUAGUUAUUUCUUUGUCAGAUUUUACAAGCCUUGACAUCCAAGAGUUUGCAUUGAGUUUUUUUUUAAUUGUAGUUGUAGAAGGUCUAUUAUAUGCUGAGUUUGAUCAAGUUUUCUCAACUUUUGUAUUUAAAAAAAUUGUGGUCAAAGAGUUCCUUAAUUUUGCUUUAAAACAACCAAUAUUAGUGCGAUGUUUGCUGGAACUUAGUGUAUUUAUUUUUAUUGCAUUCGCUGGAUUUUUCACUUGACAAACACGUUUACAUGAUGAAAGGCGAUGGUAAUAGAUCAGAGAAAUAUAUUAAAUAGAGAAAUGAAAACCAAUACCAUGCACUAAAUAACAUUGCUCUAAAUUCCAGCUGCAAGACCUUGAUUUUUUUUAUUCUCUAUAAUUCAUUUUCUUCCUUGUUAGGUAUCUGAAGCAUUUUGUGUUGUCUCCUUUGCUAUAGUUUAGUCUUUGCAUCUACUAAUAAAAUGUGAAUAAAAAUGCUGGUUUUGUUAUGAAA